CACGAGAGGAAAUUUCAUUUGCAAGAGGAGAAAACAGCAGAACAUGAUCCGUAAUUCUCCUCAUAUCAUCACCAAAUACACUGUGCUAUCGUGAUAAUGUUAAGAUGUGUCCUUCGCGCUAUCAAGUCAACCAUUACUGGACAGCACAGCCUUCCUGAUCUGCUCCUAUGAUGCUCGGCCUUCACUCAAUCUUGAGCCUGCUACUUUGCAUCGAGAUCGUCUUUGCAAAGCCUGAGGGUACCAGCCUUGUACCAAGAGAGGACUUGCUACUCCGGAGUCUGCGGCCAAACAUAGCUGUUGGUCCAAAAAGUCUGGGCAAGCCGGUGCAUUCGUCGCCUUCUAGGUCCAAGACAUGCAUUAUCAAGAGCAAGGAAAAUGGCAGCGAUGAUUCGACUGCAAUUUUGAGCGCUUUCCAACAGUGCAACAACGGCGGUCAUGUUGUGUUCACCAAGGGUGUGAAGUACACCAUCGGCACAGCCUUAGACUUGACAUUCUUGCGUCAUGUCGAUGUUGAUAUCCAGGGAUAUGUCCAGUUCACUAAUGAUACGGAUUAUUGGCAAGCCAACGCAUUCAAUCACACAUUUCAAAACGCAACGACUUUCUUCCAGCUUGGCGGCGAGGAUGUCAAUGUUUUUGGAGGCGGCACAAUUGACGGCAAUGGACAGGUCUGGUAUGAUCUUUAUGCCAGUAAUAUCUAUAUCCUUCGCCCUAUCCUUUUCGGGACCAUAGGGUUAAAGGGUGGUUCUAUUGCUGAUCUGAACCUCCGCUACUCGCCUCAGUGGUACAACCUCGUGGUUAACAGCUCUGAUGUUGUCUUCUCCAAUAUUACCAUAUCUGGUGGCACUGUCAACAAGAAUCCAGCCAAAAAUACGGAUGGCUGGGACACGUAUCGAAGUGAUAGUAUUGUCAUCCAGAACAGUAACAUCGACAAUGGCGACGACUGUGUCUCUUUCAAGCCCAAUAGUACGAACGUGAUUGUCCAGAAUCUCAUCUGUAAUGGCUCUCAUGGUAUCUCUGUGGGCUCCUUGGGGCAGUACAAGGGCGAGACCGACAUCGUUAGGAACAUAUACGUCUACAACAUCACCAUGACCAAUUCUGGCACUGCAGCGCGCAUCAAAGUCUGGCCUGGCGUAUCAUCCGCCCUCUCCGGUGACCUGCAAGGGGGCGGCGGGCUAGGCGCCGUCAGCAAUGUUACGUACGAGAGAAUGUCAAUAGCCAACGUCGAUUACGCAAUCGAGAUCACGCAGUGCUACGGCCAGAAAAACCUCACGCUGUGCAACCAGUUCCCCUCCAACCUGACCAUCUCAAAUAUAUCCAUGCAUGACUUCUCUGGCAAGACAAGCAAGAAGUAUGACCCGAUCGUGGGUACACUGGUCUGCUCAAGCCCAAAUGUGUGUAGUGAUAUCAAAGUCAGCGGCAUGAACGUGAAGAGUCCCAAGGGCUUCGCGCAGUGGACGUGUGCCAAUAUCGACAAAGCUGGCUUGCAAGGCUUGAACUGUACCUCAUAGACAGUCUAUCGCAAUACUAUCACAACUACCGAUCUCUCCCUCUCUCUCUGUCUGUUAUUUCUCAUUUCAAACCUCUCCUGCCAUCCCGUCCCGGCCCGAAUCGUAAUGAUCCUGCACUGCACUGCACAUCACCCACUCGCCAUAAACCCGUCCCACGUACCACACAACCGCUCUAGCUCCCCACCAUCCUAUCUCCUCCUGCCUCUC